CACAACACUCCGUGUACCUCAUCUCUGUGCUGCUGCCCAGCCUCCAAACAAGCGACGAGCCACUGAGAUUACCACACGCUAGCCCUUCUCCUGAAGCCCCUGAGUCAAAGGUCGGGUCCUGCAAUGGGAUGUGGUCCCUCUCAGAUGACUGAAGAGCUUAAAGAGAGAGAAACCGAAAAACAUAAAGAGAAAGCACAUUGAGAAUCAAAAAUAAGUCUGCCUGUGCAGAGUAAUAAAGAUCCCUUCCCCAUUAAGCUGUUUUCCCCCUUUUCACCAAAAUGUCAGCGGUCACUUCAGCAACCCCAGAAGCUCCUGCCACCACCAACCCUCCUCCACCUGAGGCGACCAACCCUACCAAACCUGGCCGCAAGACUAACCAGCUACAGUACAUGCAAAAUGUAGUUGUCAAGACACUGUGGAGGCACCAGUUUGCAUGGCCUUUCUACCAGCCUGUUGAUGCCCUUAAACUUGGUCUUCCGGACUAUCACACGAUCAUAAAGAAUCCAAUGGACAUGGGCACCAUCAAGAAAAGACUGGAGAAUGUGUACUACUGGAGUGCAAGCGAGUGUAUGCAAGAUUUCAACACGAUGUUCACAAACUGUUAUAUUUACAACAAGCCUACAGAUGACAUUGUGUUGAUGGCACAAGCGUUAGAGAAGAUCUUCCUUCAGAAGGUGGCCCUGAUGCCUCAGGAGGAGGUUGAGCUUCUUCCUCCUGCCCCAAAGGGCAAAGGCCGCAAACCAGCAGGGCCUGGUCAGCAGGAUGGGUCAGUCUCUUCUGGCUCGCCCACUUCUGUUUUCCCUGAUGCCACCUCACCCAGUUCACAGACAGCAGUCGUAUCUCCAGCUCCAGUGCCCACCAUCACUCCUAGCUUACCAGCUGUACAGAGCACAACCACUGCUGCCGUGAUACCUGGCAUGCCUCCGUCGCAACCCACGAUCAAAAAGAAGGGGGUAAAGAGGAAAGCAGACACAACCACCCCUACUACCUCUGCCAUCACCGCCAGCAGGAGCCAGUCACCCACCCCUCUUUCAGAAGGCAAACAGGGCAAGAUGGCAUCCAGGCGAGAGAGCACCGGUCGCCCCAUCAAACCCCCUAAAAAGGAUUUUGAGGAUGGAGAACUAGGCGUACACGGAAGCAAAAAGGGCAGGCUUUCAGAGCAGCUCAAGUACUGCGAGGUCAUCCUUAAAGAAAUGCUUUCGAAAAAGCAUGCUGCAUAUGCCUGGCCUUUUUACAAGCCUGUCGACGCAGAGGCUCUCGAGCUACAUGACUACCAUGACAUAAUCAAACACCCCAUGGACUUGAGCACAGUGAAAAAAAAAAUAGACAGUCGAGAAUUCCAAGAUGCACAGAGUUUUGCUGCAGAUGUCAGAUUAAUGUUCUCAAAUUGUUACAAGUACAACCCACCUGAUCAUGAGGUGGUUGCUAUGGCCAGAAAGCUGCAGGAUGUGUUUGAAAUGCGUUUUGCAAAAAUGCCUGAUGAGCCAGUGGAGGUGGCCGGGGCAGGCGGUGUAGGUGGGGCCGGUGUGGUCAGUAAGAGUACUGUCAGCAGUGAGAGCAGUGGCGACUCCUCCACCUCUGACAGCUCCGACUCCGAGGAGGAGAGGGCCACCCGGCUCGCCGAGCUGCAGGAACAGGUGGGUGCGGAACAGUGUAUCUCUUUGGAGCACCCCAUUGGUAGCAGACAGGGGAUAAAAAACGGGUGCACCAAGAAUAAUCAGCUGAAGGCAGUCCACGAACAGUUAGCCGCUCUUUCUCAGGCCCCCGUAAGUAAACCAAAGAAAAAGAAAGAGAAGAAAGAAAAAGAAAAGAAAAAGAAUGAGAACAAGCACAACAAAUCCAAGCCAGAGGAAAAAGGCAAGCCAGGACAGCCACCGAAACCAGCCCAGCAGAAAAAGGGUCCUGCCAGAAAGGCUAACAGCACUGUACCAGGCAACAGGCAACCAAAGAAGGGUGGCAGAGGGCCAGGCUACGAGUCUGAUGAGGAGAUGUCGCUCCCCAUGACGUACGAUGAAAAACGGCAACUGAGCCUCGACAUCAACCGGCUGCCUGGAGAGAAGUUGGGCAGGGUGGUCCACAUCAUUCAGUCCAGAGAGCCUUCGCUGCGGGAUUCCAACCCUGACGAAAUCGAAAUUGAUUUUGAGACGCUCAAACCUUCCACUUUGCGUGAGCUGGAGCGAUAUGUCAAGUCCUGUUUACAGAGGAAACAGAGGAAACCUCCACAGAAAGGAGGCUCAGGCCCCUCUCGGCUCAGUGGCAGCAGUAGUUCCUCAGACUCGGGCAGCAGCAGCUCCAGUGGUUCCACUUCAGAUAGCAGUGACUCCGACUGAACACUUUUUAUUUACUUUUUUAUUUUUUUAAAAACAUUGUACGCAGUCGAGGUUGUUUCCCCUCUGAGACUUUUUAUAAGAAAGAGAAAGAAAAGAGACAAUAAAAAUGCAUCAUGUCAGAUUUUUUUUUUUUCCAUUUGGAAAUGUCGUGAAGACUCUAAAAGGGAUGUCCAAACUUAAAACUGCAAGGAAAGGAAGUCUUGAAACAUACUUUACAGUUCAAAUUAUUUUCCCUGGUGUCCUGGUAAUGUUGUACGUUACCAUUGCAAACAUAAGCCAUCCCAUCUCAAGAGCGGAAAACGGAAAGCUCACACUCUUCUCUCCAGAUUUGACUUCUGUACCAGUCUGUUGUAUUUAUUGUUUUUUAUUAUUAUUAUUUUGUUUAUGCUGUGGCCUCAUAUUUUCCCCAUUGGGUACUGUGCCAUUAUUGAUUUAUUUCUUCUUUGCGUUAUUGUUCUCUCAUAAACUGAGAAGUGUCAACAUUUAGGUAGUCUGGGGAACAAAUUGCUUUAAUUAGGCAUAAAAAGCUCUCGAAAUUUAAUUUGGCCAUUAUUAUAGCUGUAGAACAAUAUUAAAACAGAAUCCUAUACUCUUCAGCUAAUAUAUGGUUUAGGCAAAUAUUUUAAUGGGACUCUAGGUAGAUUUGGUGGUUUUGUACAGAUGAUUUACAAUGACGUGAACAUGUGAAUCAGUAAACUGGAUCACAUGCAGACUUCCUGUCUUAUUAAACACCUUGGCCAGCAAUAAAUAUACAGAUUUCCAAAUAGUCACACCAAUGACUGACAUUUGUACAUCAGAUAACUUUAGAUAAGGCUAGAAGUGUUGAUGUGGAUGUUGACACCUGGAAGCAGUAAAUGUCAUUUGUAUCUUGAUCUAUACUGCCAUGUUAUAAUAAUGCUAAUUAUGAUGCAUUUCUUAAUGUUUAUUUCAAGUGUUUUGACAAUGGUAGUUAAAUCACAGAGUCUUCCUCUUCUCACUCUCUUGCAAAAUUGAUUCAUGAAUCUUAAGUCUACAAUAGAUCUUAUGAAUACUUCCAAUCAGUUGGGUUUCAAACAAGUUAUUUUCCUUAAUUGAAGUUUCCCAGCCAUUCCUUCUGUGGAUUGCUUUUCUAUCCGAUAUCUCUUAGAAUAAAUAUGCGUUUGAUUAUUUUCUUAAGUGUUUGUAAGCUAUUGUAAUGUCCUCUCCAUUUACUUUUUUUUUAAAGAAAAAAACAAAACAAUUGUAAAAGGAACUGAUAUUGGUUUAAUUUUCGGAUACAUUUGGUUUAUGGACGAGGGUUUUGAAGACUUUUGGGACAUAAUUGCAGGAACACUUAAUUUUGUAAUUUGAAGAAGCUAAAAUUUAUGAGGGACAUGUAUCUUUCAGACUAAUUAAAACACUAAUAGACAUAGUCAAAACAUACUUAUUUUAAGGUUAAUCAUGUUAAUGAUUUUGUUGUCAGUCUUUGGUUGCACAUAACUACAAGUAAUUUCUGAGUGUGAUACAAAUAUUGAUCAAGUCCUUUCUGGUUUCUUAAGAAUGAUUUCUUUUAGAGACGGGCUGGAAAAAAAA